AUGGCGACUCAAGCACAACUUGACGAGAAAGCUCGAAAAGAUCGUGCCGGCGCAUCUGGUCCAAAUUUCAACGAUCUAGCUACCCCAGCUCAACUUGCAGAGAAAGCCCAACGAGACAGACAAGGUGCUACGAUUUCCGAUUAUGCUACACCGGCGCAACUUGCAGAGAAAGCUCGACAAGAAGAACAGUACAGCAAUCCGUCUGCAUCAUUUGCAACUCCUGCUCAAUUAGCAGAAAAGUCUCGCGGUCGUGCACCUCCUCUCCCUCCACGAACACCUUCAGUACAGGCCUUUGCUCCACCCCCAUAUACAAGCGAUGAUGCAAGGAGGAGCGAGUUGAUAUCAGAGCAAUGGAGAUCUGAGGAUCCAAGAUCUUCCUCUACACACUCAUUAGUACCUUCAGAGUCUGGGCGGGACGGCAGAAGGACUUUGCUGCUAGUAUUUAUCCAUGGAUUUAUGGGGAACGAGACAAGUUUUCAGAGCUUCCCAGCGCAUGUUCACAAUCUUCUCACAAUUACUCUUUCGGAGACACAUGUCGUACAUACCAAGAUCUAUCCCAGAUACAAAUCGAGAAAGGCAAUUGACUUUGCUAGGGAUGACUUCAGUAAAUGGCUUGAACCACAUGAGAAUAGGCAUACGGAAGUCGUAUUACUAGGCCAUAGUAUGGGAGGAUUAUUGUCUGCGGAAGUAGCCCUCCAAAAGCCAUCGUCUCCGGCGACAGGGAAGCCUUUUCGACACCGAAUCUUGGGUACAAUCAACUUUGAUACUCCAUUUCUUGGAAUGCAUCCUGGUGUGGUUGUGAGUGGUCUAGGUAGUCUUUUUCGUCCAGCGCCAGAUCCUCCGAAACCCCAGUCUUCUGUUGGAAGUGGAACGAAUUCUCCAUCAGGUCAAUCGAGCUAUGCUGCAUCGACUAUCACAUCAGACUCCUCGUUAAGUUUGGUGCAGAGCAUCACAUCUCCGUUGGCAAGUCCACCACCAAAAGAUCCGUUCUUCAACCCACCAUUUCCAAACGAUGUACGAUUACCUGAACGCAAAGGCUGGACCAACGUUUUGCAUUUCGUGAACAAGCACUCGGAUGGCCUUACAGCCGCCACGAAGCAGUACUUCAUGUCACAUUUGGAAUUUGGUGGUUGCAUGGCUGAUUAUCCAGGGUUGAAGAAUAGAUAUGAGCGGAUUCGUGCCCUGGAAGAUGUUGAUGAUACUCCGAAACCAGGUCCAGGAUAUCGACUACCAACUCGGCGGAUCAGAUUUGUCAAUUAUUACACAGCCAGUACUGGAAGACCGAAGCAACCAAAGUUUCCGCCAGGACAAAUAUUGGACAAGGAUGGGAAUUUGAAACCAAUUGAAGUUGAGAUGGAAGACAUGAGUUUGAAGGAGGGUAGACGUACACCUACGCCUUCUACACCAAGGAUAUCUGUCGAUGAGCAUCGUGAUGGCACCGUCACUCCACAGCCUCUUGAGGAUGGGCCGGAUGCUUCCCCGAUCGAGGUUCAGAUGCAACAGCUUGGCGAGAAUUCGGGCGUGCAAGAUGAUAUACAGGAGUUAGCUCCAAUGCAGCACAUUGAUUCUAUGCCGAUUGAAGAUGAUGAUUUGUCAGAACCAUUGGUUGUCGCUCAGACAGAAGAAGCUGAAGACCCAUCACUCGAAAUAAAGCCCUCGGUCGCUGAGCCAUCUCUACCUCCGAUUCCACCAUUGCCAACAGAGCCGGAAGCUAUCGACUUAGAUGCAUAUACAGACAAAGAUUCCAGGAAGAUUGCUGAAAAAGAACAAAAGCGAGUCAUGAAAGCAUAUCAACAAGCCGUGAAGGAUCGCGACAGCGCUAUUCGAGAUCGACAGAAAUUGGUCGAGAAGCGAGAGAAGAAGGCACGGCAGGAUCGCGAAAAGUUACAGAAAGCUGAAGAGAAGAAAAGACUGAAGGAGGAGAAAGAAGAGGAGAAGCGGAGAGAGAAGAAACGGCUCGAGGAAGAAAAAGAAGAGGAGGAACGGAGAGCUACGAUUAACCCUGAGCCAAGGACGAGGCAGGGCUCCGUAGCUUCAGCAGAUGAUGGGAAGCCGAAGCGGGACAAGAAGUUCUGCAUGCUGCCUCCUGAAUAUGGUGGGAAGAGAGACAAGUGUUGGAUUAGAGUGUAUAUGGAAGGUGUUGACGAGGUUGGAGCGCAUUGCGGUCUCUUCUUUCCAGGUCCACAGUAUGAGAGUUUGGUGGGGGAUGUGGGUGAGAGGAUAGGUAAAUGGGUCGAGGAAGAUGCGAACAGGAGAGCUAUGCUUGAGGCUUCGAUGGAAUAA